AAAGGCCACACCUCUCGUACAUUAAUUAUAUUCCGCGAGGAAUCACGUGGAUCGAUUUUUGGAGCGGUGACGUAGGCGGUCAUGUGACCGUACUGGUGAAAGCUAGUGUGUGCCGAGAGCGUAGAAUGGAUCAUUGUUAUCGUUGUCUGUAUCGAAGAAAUGUCUUAAUAGAUUUUAUAAUGUUACGGACGUAUUAAUCCCAACUGAAGAGUUAAAUCGUCCUUUAAUCUUUGACAUUUUGUUAGAAUGACAAAAUGACUGGGGAGGAGCUUCAAUUAAAAACUGUAUCGAGCGAGACCUCGCCCAAUCUUGGUUCACCCGAUGAUAUCAUGUGGACUUUAAUAUCCACCAGCGAGCUAAAGACGAACCAGAUGUCAACAUGGAUACCAGCCAAACGUAUAAUGACAUUCAUGGGCAUGGUAUCUGCCCUGUGUACCAUUAUUGUAAUAGCAAUCGUCAUAGUGGCGGCACUCUUCUUGCAGCAAUCCUCCAAGCCGACAUCUAGCAUUGUUUACAUCAUACCAAUACCCGAAAAACUUCAUAACAAACCUCAAACUGUUAUCAUAAGAAGGAAAAACGUUCAAAGUUUGAAGAAACAAAUAGCCGAAAUGGCCAUAGCCUUAAAGACUUAUUAUGAUAAACAGAACACUUCAGAAGUGAGAUCGUGUAAUUUCGCAAUGGCUCCAACUCACGAAGGUUUGUGCCGCUUUCCACUGGAGUUAAUUAACAAGAAUUGCACUAUUAAUAAUUUAUUCGGAUACGAUACUGGAAAUCCUUGUGUUGCCUUAAUUUUUCACGUGCAACCCAAAUGGCAACCGAUAUCUUACGAUCUAGAAGUGCCAGACACAAGUCUAGACGGUGAUUACGAUCCCAUGUUGGUGUAUCUUACAUGUAAUACUGAUUAUAAUUAUGGGAUGAAGAUGGAUUAUUCACCAUUUCAUGGUUUUCCACGUCACUUUUUCCCACCUUCUGUUCGCGAUUCUUACUUACCACCGUUAGUUAUGGUGCAGUUUAUUGGGGUCCCCAUAAAUGUCGAAAUGGAUAUUAAAUGUCGUUUGUGGGCCAAAAAUAUCAAUCGCGUAAGUCAUCAAUAUCCUGUAUUUGUCGAAACGGCUUUUAACUUAUUAAUAAAAUAAUAAUAAUUAUUUUUUUUGUGAUGAUUUUAAAUAAAAGUUUAAAAUUUACCAAUUUGCAUAUAUAAAUAUUUGC